CUGAAGAUGAGUCAGACCUUCUCUGCUGUAACUCAUGGCACCAAUGUUUCUGUAUAGCGCCAACAAUAUGCCUAAGCAGGUAGAAGUGCGGAUGCAUCAAAGCCACCUGAGCCCUGUGGAGCCAAGGCCCAAGAAUAUAUGUCUGCGAUUCUUCCAAUCACUCAGAAAAAACCUGCUCCUGUCUCUUACUGUAUUUGGUGUCAUCAUGGGUGCAGUGUGUGGGGGUCUUCUUCGCCUGGCAACUCCUAUUGAUCCUGACAUCAUCAUGUUAAUAGCCUUCCCAGGAGAUAUCCUUAUGAGGAUGUUAAAAAUGUUGAUCCUACCUUUAAUUAUAUCCAGUUUAAUCACAGGACUGUCAGGUUUGGAUGCUAAAGCUAGUGGCCGAUUGGGCACAAGAGCCAUGGUCUAUUACAUGUCCACUACUAUCAUUGCUGCUGUGCUAGGGGUGAUUCUGGUUUUAGCCAUUCACCCAGGAAAUCCAAAACUCAAGAAGCAGUUGGGAGAAGGAAAGAAAAAUGAUGAAGUAUCCAGUUUGGAUGCUUUCUUGGAUCUCAUCCGGAACCUGUUCCCUGAAAAUCUAGUCCAAGCAUGCUUCCAGCAGAUCCAAACUGUCACUAAGAAAGUGCUGGUGCCCCCACAAACUGAAGAAUCACCUAACGUCACUGACUCUGUCUUUGCUCUGAUGAACGAGACGAUGGCUGAAGCACCACCAGAAGCCCAGCUGAUCAUUAAAAAGGGGCUGGAGUUUAAAGAUGGAAUGAAUGUCUUAGGCCUGAUAGGGUUCUUCAUUGCUUUUGGCGUUGCUAUGGGGAAGAUGGGAGAGCAGGCCAAAAUGAUGGUGGAUUUCUUCAGCAUCCUGAAUGAGAUUGUAAUGAAACUAGUGACUAUGAUCAUGUGGUACUCUCCUUUCGGCAUUGCCUGCCUUAUUUGCGGGAAAAUCAUUGCAAUUAAGGACUUAGAAGUGGUUGCUAGGCAACUUGGAAUGUACAUGGUAACGGUGAUCGUGGGCCUUCUCAUUCACGGUGGGAUCUUCUUGCCUUCACUGUACUUCGUGAUAACAAGGAAAAGCCCCUUCACAUUCCUUGCUGGCAUUUUCCAGGCAUGGAUCACAGCUCUAGGCACAGCUUCCAGUGCUGGUACAUUACCUGUCACUUUCCGUUGUCUUGAAGAAAACUUGGGCAUUGAUAAGCGUGUCACAAGAUUUGUCCUGCCUGUUGGAGCAACAAUAAACAUGGAUGGGACGGCCCUUUAUGAAGCAGUUGCUGCCAUCUUCAUAGCACAGAUGAAUGGAAUUGUGUUGGAUGGUGGGCAGAUAGUCACUGUGAGUCUGACAGCCACCUUAGCAAGUGUUGGAGCUGCCAGUAUACCCAGUGCAGGACUGGUCACCAUGCUUCUCAUCCUCACUGCAGUGGGUCUCCCUACUCAGGACAUCAGUCUGCUUGUUGCUGUUGACUGGCUCUUAGACCGGAUGAGAACAUCAGUAAAUGUUGUAGGAGAUUCUUUUGGUGCUGGCAUUGUGUAUCACCUCUCCAAGGCAGAGCUGGAAAACCUGGAUUCCCAGCAUAAGGGGCAUGAAGACAUUGAAAUGACCAAGACUCAGUCAAUUUAUGAUGACAUGAAAAAUCAUAGGGAAAACAACUCAAACCAAUGUGUUUAUGCAGCUCACAACUCUGUCAUAGUAGAUGAAUGCAAGGUGACACUGGCAACCAAUGGCAAAUCUGCAGACUUCACUGUUGUUGAGGAAGAGCCUUGGAAACGUGAAAAUUAAGGAAAGCGAGUCCCAUCUCCAUCUUUAAUAAGCCCCUGAAGCUAUCUUAUGGUAAAAGAUAUCAAGAUUAAAGAAUAUUUCUCUAUUUAUUUAACAUCUAAAGUUUCUGCUUAUUUAAUUUGUUAACUGAAACUUAGCAAAGAUCUCAUAAAGUCAUUGUAGCUACCGUGUUUUUGCAAAAUAGUGAUCCAUAACUAUCUGUCUCACUUGUACUGUUUGAAUGGAUGCAGCUGGAGAAUACUCUGAGUUAACAGUUAUGUCCUCACCAGACUCUCUCUUUUGCUCAAGAUGCAGAAAAUGUAGAUGCUGCAAAAUGGAAAGAUCAAAAAGCCGGUAUGGCUUUCUCCAGGGACUCAGGGUAAUGAACAUAUAGUAUCAUAUAAACCUUAAAUUGUUCUCAGUGUCUCUUCUUGUGAUGUAUGUACAAAUCAGUAUUGCAGUGUACCUUUGGUACAGUCAACAUUGUGUAACUACAGUAUUUAUUGUAAGUGUCUCUAAAGGUUUUCUAUAAGUUUUAUUGAUAAUUAGUAGCUGGCAUGGGGGACUCAAAAUUUUCAUCUUCUCAGGUACACUUAAAAUUAAGUGUCUCAAAUAAAUAUUUCAUUUAAAUUCACACCAGGCAUAACUUUAUUAAAAUCAGUGGAUUAAAUACAAAGGGCCAGAUCCCGGGCCUUUCAGAUAGCACCAGAUUCUGAUGCUCUCUUCACAUCAAAUAGGACCUUAUAGCGCAGGUAGUCCCUCUGAAACUAUUCAAGGAGAAUGAUGUUAUUCAACUUAAGGAAGAGCACCAGAAUCUGUCCCCAAAUGAUUAUUGAACAUUCUUUUUGUUGAGGAUAAGCAAUUAUAUGUAAUAGGGUGUUAAAAUGUAAUGGUGCUUAGCAUACGUUGGUUUGUUAACUAAGCUAAACUAAAUGUAUAUUUAGGACACUUAAUUUGAAGUGAUAACUAUUUUUCUUCUCAAGUACAUCUUAGAUUUGAGCCAAUAAGCUAAAUCCUGAAGUCAUUACCUGGUCAAAUUUUGCAUUGACGUCAAUGGGAAUUUUGCCAGAGUUAGGACUGACUGAAAAGUAAACCAGGACUUCAGGAUUUCAGUCCAAUAAAUUGAAUCCCCAUCUCUCUGUUGUGAAUAAACAAUUUGUAUAAAUGUCUUUGAUGUCAGACAAGCAGUGAUUCUAGAUCACAUGGCAUAUGAAUAAACAAGGCAGAGUUUUGUCAACACGGUAUAACUAAUUCAUUCAUCUGUAAGACAUAGAGGUGCAAUAAUCAUUCUCUUAGGUUGUUUAAAAGGUGCUUGUUAAAAAUCAGUGCUUGUAAAGACAUAGGCGUAAUCUAUUAUGAAAUUAAUAAUGUUUUACAGCAAAUCUGAGCCAGGUAGCUGUGGGAAACUCUGCCCUCUGACCAAACCUUCUGUGAUGUGAGUGUUUCUUACAAUGUUCUCUGAGCUGUCCAGCCUAUGAGCUUAUAAUGAACCUACCUACAAGGUGAGAUGGGAAAUGAAGCAUAUAUGCUUCUCUCUGUCCAUGCACAGUGCAGUGCUGCCAUUGACAUAAACUGGAAUAACAUGUGUGAAUGUAGAGUUUAAACAAUAAUCCAGUCUAGUUUUGCUAAUUUGUAUUUGUGUUAGCUAUUCCAGUGAAGUCACUAUGAGCCCCUGCUAGUAAGGACUACUCACCUGUUUAAUGAUUUGCAGAAUCAAACCUAUAGUCAACAUAUUCACCAUUUAAAUAUUUGUAGCUGUGCAGUAUUUUCCUUGGGAACAUUAGUGCUCUUUUGAUAUCCCCUUUCUGCCUCACUAACUGAAAAGUCCUAAAGAAUUUAAUAGCUAUUAAACUACUGUGGGUUCUAUAGACAUUAUUCUGACAACCUAAAGAAUUUAAUAGCGAAUUAGUCCUUUUCUGUAGGUCUUUUGUACCAUUCUAUGGAAUUCUGUUCCAUCUUGUUCAACGUAUUUAAUGGCAAUUGUGGGUACAAAGAACUUCUCAGGAUUGGGGACUUAGUCUGGAUUUGAAGAAGAGUUCACUUCCCUGAUCCCCACAGCAAGAGAUCAAUUGCCCAAGACAGAUGUAACACUCUCUAAAAUGAACUAUAACAUUUGGGCUGUUGGCUCACCUCACAUGAAAGUCACUGAGAGCUAAGCAGCAAUCGUAUAAGGUGACCAUAUUUCCAAAAGACAAAACAGGACACUCCAGCUGCUCACCUGUGGCACCUUUCCCCCCAUGCAAGACUGUUCCCCGUCACAGGCACCCUGCAGGGGCCUCCUCACGAGGCUGUUUGCUGGAACCCUGCAGGGAAGGGUGGCUCCCUCAGGAGGCUAUCGCCAAUGGCUGGAACCUUGCUGCCCUCCACCCCCCCAGCUCAGCCUCCUCCCCCACGAGGGGCUGGCAUCUCUGAUCUCCCCCUCUGCACCGCACCCUGCUUGUUUUGGACAAAAGCGGGCAUUUGUCCCAUUUGCUCUUGCCAACUGAUCAAGUCAGCAAGAGCAAAAUGGGAUAAAUGUGUCCUUUUUUUUUUUUUAAAGUCAGGACAGGGCUUAAAAAAGGGCCUGUCCCAGCCAAAAUGGGACGUAUGAUCACCCUACAAUUAUACCAGACUAGAACAAAGUGUUCGUCGUAGUGUAGAGCUUGGGUUCUCAAAGGUUUUCAUAGGCUGGCCCAUAUUUUAGAGAGGUGGUCUCCUAAACCACUUCCAUCCUAUUCAUAAUAAUCUAACUUCCCUGUGGCAGCCACAGCAAUUGCCUACAGAGAAAGGUAACAUUAGGAAAGUGUUUAGUAUAUUUUUAGCUAUCGUUUAAAGCAAUAUGAUAGCUGGAAACAGGUAGGAGAGCCAGCACCAUGUGACUAAGCUGUUCCACACAGUUACCUAUUGAGAACACUGGUUCAGACAUCCUUCCUUACACUUAUCUGCUUUGGACAUAUUGCCCUUUAAAAAGUGAUUCUUCAGAUGGGACUAGAGGAGGAGGAGGUGAAAAUCUAGAGUAACUCCACCCACGUACAGAGAACAAAUUUGGGGCUUUAGUUUUGACUUAAAAAGCACACUGUAGGACUUUUAAGUAAGACUUUAUAGUUGCAGUAACUCAGGGAACUUUCAAAGAUAAUUACAAUGUCACUCUUCUACUUAUAAUAUAGAAAUGUGCUACUUAUGGGAAACACUUUGGCUAUCCCCCAGGCUGAAUUCUCCCAUGUAAUAUUUAAUGUGUAGCUACUCUGGCACAGUACUGAAUUUAACCAUCAAAAAGCUUUCCAUUUCUUGGGGGAAACUGUAACUCAUACUUGGCUUGCAGUUGGUAAUUUACUCAUUCCACAUGAGGCUGGGUUGCUGCUUAACUAAACAAACAAGAAAAAAACCCAGGAAAUGGCCACUCCAGCUAUUGCAAGUUUCACAUUUGAGUGGAUAAUGCUGUCACUGUCACAUCGUCCUUUAGUCUCAUUAUUUUGCAUUUAGCCUUCAGUAUUCUCUUCCUUUACUCAUUUCCCCAUUGUUUGGAUGGCAAAACUCAAGGAUGAGCACAGGAUAAAGCAGCACACAUGCUCUUGAGUUAUUUCCAUGUGAACUGAAGUUUCCUUCUACAGUCAUUUUCUUUGCUCUGCUCUCAGCUAUUCCCCUGCUGCUUACACAAGUAUGAUAUAUAUGUGCCCUCUAGAACACUGACAUCAUCAGUGAAAUAUGGAAAGCCUUGAUCCUGGUAAGCUUCCUUAGUCAGGAAAGCAUUUAAGCACCUGGUUAAAAUUUAGCAGCACAUGCUUUUCUGAAUAGGACUGUAGUUAAGCACCUGCUUGAGAACUUUGCUGAAUGAGGGCCAUGACUCUGUUAGGGUUUGUUCUGGUGCUAGUCUUCAAGGCCCAGUGCACAUUAUAAUUAACUUGGGGAAACAGUUUGCUUCUGAAUGUGUUCCUUCUUCUGUACUCCUCCUCCAGAAAAACAAAGAUGACACCAGCACUUUGUAUAAAACAAGAAGUUUGCACAGGUCUCAUGCAUUAAGAUGCCCUUAUAUUUAUGCCAGUUAGACAGUAUUACAGUAAGGGCCUCUGUCAUUUAAAACUGAGAGACUAUUUUUGUUUCUUUGGAAAACAGGGACUGUGCCUGCAAGAUGCUGACCACUCUGAAUUCCCUUUGGGAACUGAGGAUGUAUGCUUCCUUCCAGGAAGCACUUAGCACCUGGCAGCCUGAACAGAGCCCGAUCAACCCAACUAUAUGCACUAAAAACUCCCAGGAAUUUUAAGAUAGAGAAGGAUUAUUAUUUUUCAUCCUUCACCAUUCCAGAGCAGUUGCUGUUAAUACAUUGUCUGUUCUUAAUGCUAGCUGGAGACUUUGGCCCCGAUCCUACAUUGUUGGAAAGCAAUUGGGGUUCCAUCAUUGAUUUCAGUGGGAGCAGGAUCAGAGCCUGUACUUCAUGUUGAGGCCCAUGCUGUCUUAUUUGAAAUGGUCUGGUUUCAGUUUCUGUACAUAUAGCGAUCUCAGUCAUUUAUCAUUAUAAAUGCACCAUCAUUCCUCCACCUGCAAAGACCAAAAUAUGGGCCUCAACAUGAGAGACAGAAGAAAAUCAAUGUAUGCUGUAAGCUAAAAUAGGGAGGGAUUAAUUCAUUCAUAAAUAGGGCUAUUGUGGGAGCUUGUUUUGUCAAUGCUGGCAGGUAAGCCACAGACAAUAAUAUGGAUUCUGAUUAAAUUGAUUGAAUGGUCUGUGUUUUCAGCUUUUGAAAGCUUUUUAAACUCUUGCAAUAUAGAAGAAUCUAAGAAGGAUCAAGGUUCAACAGUGGCCCCUCCCACCUCCUUCAGCCAAUGGAAACAGACUGUGCAAUUCCUUCCGCCUGAUCCCAGUGAAUGAUCUUUUCUUGGUUCUCUAGCUGAUGAUGCCUCCCACAUCCAAAAGGUCCCUGCCAAUAUGCCAUAAAGGAAAAUCACUUCCCAUCCCCAAAUCCAGCAAUGAGUUUAAACCUCUGCCUCUGAAUUCAGAUCACUGUCAUUAUACUUCUGAUCUGUUUAUACCCUGAGCUAUAGCUAGUGUCCAUUUUUGUCUAGAAUCCUAGUAAAUGGACUCUUCCAAUACCUCUGGGAACUCAGAAUUCCAAACACUACGGGGUUUUAAAGAUCCUUGAGCAGUAUAGAUUUCUGAUUUGUUUUCCAAGUCUGGGUAUCAUCAGUCCUUGGGUUGGUACUUUGAUGGCUGCCGAUGUUUAGCAGAGCAAACUACUUGUCUUAUAAAUAGAAGCAGCAGCAAAAAACAACAGAGCUCAAAUGAAUUUACUCUGGCAACUGCCUGUAUUUUCUUUGCUUUCCCAGCCUCAUGCUGUUAUAUGAUUCCUGUUGUAGCAGCUCAGCAGCAAUCAAACAGUUUUCUGAAAACAGCAUCAGUUGCCAAUCUAGCCUCUGACUUCUACAGCCUCUUAUAAUGCCUUUAGAAAGGCUUUGAGCUUUAGUACCAGGCCUGAAAAUCCCUAUUAUGAAUAUUUAAAGUACAUCUCCUGCUCAUCAGAUUAAGUCCCAUUUGUUCCAUUUUUGUUUACUGCAUUUGGUUUUACUCCAGGAAGCACAGAAUAAUAAAUACAGGCAACUUAUAAAAAUAUGCUGCAGUAUGCUACUGUACCAAGCCAGAAGACUACAGUUGAGCAUAUUACUGUGACUUCUUGGGUCAUUACUGUAAUUUUUGUCUUGUGCGUUAUUGUCAUAAGCAUAUAGCACAUUGGGACAAAUUCUUCUCCGGUGUAACUCUACUGAUCUGAAUGGAGUUACGCCAGGGAUUAAUUCUGCUGCUGCUGCAGUAGCAUGAUUAUUAUUUUUAGGCCAUCUUAUAAUGUUGUGUUGAAACUACUGCUACACAUAGAUGUAUUAUGAAAAACAUAGCUUUGAGAGUGAUCUUUUUCAGUCAAGCUCAUGAUGCUGAAGAAAAGACUUAUCUAGUUUUGUUUGGCAGAAGAGUGAUGUACAGAUUAUAGCUACAGCCAUUACAAAAAGCAACUGCCCUGCACAACAAUGUUAUAGAGUAAGGGAAGGGAGAAUAAGGAGGAUACGUGAAACAAAUUUGCUGAACUUUGCCCUGAGACAGUGUUCAAUUCUUGCUCAAUAUUGACCAGAAGCAAUAUUUUGUAACAUACAUUUUUCACCUCUUCAGUAAUCUUGCAUUCCCCCUACACACACACCGGCAGGGACCAGUCCUGCAGUUCUCAGCAGACUCUGCCAUCCUGGUAUUACUUAGGCACAACUUCCACUAAAGUCAAUGAGAGCUGUGACAAAGAGACUGCAGAAUUGGGUCCACACUGAUAGUUACCCUUUGCUUCUCCCUAUUUCUUCCUAGGCUCUUGUUUGCUAUUGAAUUGAAAUCUGUUGCUGUAAUGAGCCAGAGUGCUGCUACUUUUCACUAAUGCCCAGGCACUGAGAACUUGUUUAUCUGUAGAAUGCAUGGGUUUAGUGACACAAGACUCUUUAGAACCAACCCACAGUGUUUCCUCCUACCCAAGAGACAUCUUCAUCUGGAAAAGUUGAAACCUAACAACUUUCUGCUACCCACAGUUACAAUUCCUAAUGGAUAUGACAGUGAUGCAUUUAAAGCCAUGGUCCUUUAUAAACCCUGAGCUCCAUAUGGCAACAUUGUUUAAGCAUACUGUUGAGGCACUGCAUAGAUUUUCUGCUAGUUAAAGAUGCCACUCACCAAUGUGCUAAUGAAGGUUUUGGAGAGGCAGGGAGGCAUGAUAUUUCUUACAUCACCCAGCUUUUUGGUUUAUUUCCCCAAAUCACCUAUUUGUCUAUCUAGGUUCUUAUAUAGAGAUGUCACCUGCUGUUGUUGGAGUAUUUAAUGCUUCUAGUUUGAUUUUUGUAACUAAAGAUAGCACCGAGAGUCUUCAAUAUUUUCAAGAAAUACUCUGAGACAUACACCUUUACACAGAGAGGAAACUUACCAAAUUGUGUUUCAUAGAUAGCAUCAUGUAACCUAGAUGGUCUAAUUACUGCAUAGAGCUUUGUACAUAAAUAGGAUACUUCAUGGGGAUUUUUGUAUCAUUCUUUUCUAUUUGUUUUCUACAGUUUGGAAGACCAUUUGCAAAGCAUAUUUACAAACUGAUUUUGUAGUCAGUACUGUAGAUUCAAGUAUUUCCAUUUUUGGCUUCAUGUAGGCUUGUAAGUUCUCAUGUACCGCAGGUUGUCUUUCCUUCUUAAAGAAUAUUGCAACAAAAAUCUAUAGACUUCUUUCCAACCUAUCCUGCUUGUUUUCUUAAUGUAUCCAGUUUAUACUCUAGUGUGAACUGUAAUUUAUAGAAUGCAUGAGAAAAGAAUUACACAUGUAAUUACACUUGUUAAAUAUGGUAUGCUCAAAACUGAUUCAGCCAUUAAUACAGAUUUUAUGGGUGUGUACCUGUUCUCCAGAAACCAGAAAGAACUACAAUGUAGAGGGAACUAAAUUGCUUAGUAUCUGUAAUUUACAGACACACAAAUAUUUUCUUACAAUAUUUUAUAUAUGACCAUAUAAGAUAAGGGAAAAAAUUCUUACAGGUGAUCCACACCUUAGAGCAAAACCAGUUUUCUAACAGCAUUUUAGAAUUAAUUUUUUUUCUGUAUUUUGUUUAAUGAACUAAGAAAAGCAAUUUAGUGAUGAAUUAUAAGCAAAGCACAAAAUGCAAUAGGAAUUAAGAAUUUUAAGGUGUCCUUAAAUGCUGCAGUUCACUAUGGAACACUGUAUUAUUAUAUCCUAAACAAUCUUCUAGAUUGACAGUUUUAUGGAUUGCUCAGCCCUUAAUUGUGACAUUUGGCAUGGUUUUACCUGGGCCAAACCCUUAGUUGUUUCUCAGGGUCAGAUCCUGAAUAACUGAUUUACCCACAACUCUUGGGUUGCGAGCUGGAGAUCUGCAUGUGCAAGGAGUACAGGAUCAGGCACUCAGUCCAUCUUACUCAAGCAAAACUUGUAUGAGUUUGGCCUAGGUAAAGGAUUCAGUAUUUGGCCUCUUAGCUUUGCCUUCAUGUAAAUGGACCAAUGGCACAACAAUGGGACCACUUUAAUAGGGUAGCGCUAUAGCAAUACCUCCUGCCUUCUUAAACAUUUAUAAGAAAAACAAACAGUAUAUUUUUGACCAGGACAAGUGGGAUUUAUUUUUCUUUUAUAACAAUCAAUUCUUGUUAGGCAAAUACCUGUUGGACUUAAGGUCAUGACAUUAAUGAAGCAUAUUUAAUUAGUAAAUCAAAAUGACUACAGUCAAUUGCUUAAUUAAAAUCAACAACAAAAAUUGCAUCAUGGAAAAUUCCUUAUGUGGCGAAUCAACCACAUGGCAUACAAUUCAAGACAAAAAAACAUGGAAUUGAAAAUGUUACCUGUCCACAAAGCAGAUACAUUUUCAGAAAUCUGUUGUAGGGCCCUGGUAGUCUCCUGAGGUUUAUGUGGGUAAAAUAUAUAUAUUUGUGUAUUGAUGUGCCCUUAUUUUUUAAUCUCCUUAUAUUUUUUAAUCUGUCAUAUCAGGUAUUCUCUUAAUUGGAGUUGAAGGUAGCAUAGUGUGUAGCUGAAGUACUAACAGCUGUCAAAGCAUGGACUCCUUAUAAAUAUCAAUUUUUAUACAUUGCUUAAGCAUGAUGAUCAGUGCCUCUCCUCACUUUUGUGUCGAUAACAUGGCUAUCUACCGUAUGUGUAAUUUCAGUGAAUGUGCAUUGAGACAUAGUAGAAAAUUUGAUCUCUGUUUUUAAAAACUCUUUUCUGGUUGUUUUUGGCUUGGUUGUCUGGGUUGUGUUUAUUUUAGACAUUUAACUGAAUAAUUUCCAUGGCUUGAUAGCUGGUUUUGUAUGUUCGUAUAUAAACAACUUUUCAGUGCAUAUCUUGUUUUGAUAAUGGUCAAAUCCUAUAUGCAGCCCACUCAUUGUAAAUAUGUUAUUGUUAGUUUUCAACUAUCUAACCAGCAUUGCGUAUGAAAUUCCCUGGCACUCAGUGAACGUGAUUACAGUAUGGAUUUGCUGCACUGUGAAUGCAAUAGUUAAUACAUUAUGAAUUAAUGUGCAUGUAGCAUGAUGAAUUUAGUUUAGGAGUAGAUUCUUCUUGUUCACUUGGCAUGUUGGAACUGUAGCAACAUAAGGUUAGUAAGUCACUGUGUAAAUUAGCACAAUGGUCAGAAGGAAAAAUUAACUUUACUGUACUCUCCCUCUGGGUACCAUGUCUAUGUUUGGCGAUAUGCGUAGCUUACAACAAGGAAUCCAUAUUUCCACAGCAGAGUUUCAGGAUUCCUCUGACUCACUUUCAGUUACUCAUUGACUGCAAACUCCAGCGAGAAACUACAGUCAGAAGACAAUGACUAAGCCUGACAUUUAGUCUUAAACAGAAGCACAUGCUUGACUGCUUACUUUAUUAUGUGCCCUGGAAUGCAAAGCAUGAACCUUCAUUUCAUUUCCUCUGCAGAAACAAUCUGAGAGUAAGAUUUAUAGAACCAUAAGUACAUGGAUGGACUAAUGCUGUUUCCAUUAUCAAAUAAGGAUAUUAAUAGAUAUUGAGAAUUAAGCACAAAAUCAAGUGGAUGUCGGUUGUGCAAAAAGGACAAAAAAUGUUCUUUGGUUGGUGUUCAUUUAUGCUUAUUUGAUUUGCAAAAUAAUACGUCCCAUACAAUGCACAUAUGGCAAAUAAAUAUAAUGGCAGGGAUAUUGUAAAACCUGUGCUAUAAGUCAUGUCCAUGAGCUUAUAAGAAAAAAUCUUCAUUUCUGGACAGAAAACUGAAAGUGUUGUGAAGUGCAACUGAUGCUCAGUAGAUCUGAGACACCUCGGGAGAGAUGCAUCAAGCCGAUUCGUUCCUAGAGAUAAGGGUCCUGAUUCUCUCACAGUUGAAAGUAACUCCGUUAGCAUCAAUGGAGUUAAACCAGGGUAAAACUGGAAUGAGUUCAGAAUUAGGCCCAACCAGUGGGGGAUGUGUGGUUUCUUAUGAGACGUAUUAUGUUUCCGUUCAAACUGCAUGUUCCACAGUACUGCAUGUCUUCCCUGCUUACUUCUAGCCUUACAUGCUUCCUCUCAAGAGAGACCCACUCACUAGCUAGGAUCCUUCGUGUAAAAAGAAACAAAACAAAAAGAUAAGCUUGAUCUUUUUCCUUCGAUUGUAAAUGUUUAUCUGGGACUUGAAGUGAUGUAUUGUACAGUAUCUGUAGCACAUUUUGUUUGAAGACUAAUGAAUGCAGACGAUAAAAUUUCUACUAACUCUGGGCUCCUUUCUUUUAUAGUGUAGAAGGAAUGCCUUGUUGACUAAAUAGAUUUUAUAUAAGUAACUCAGACCUUCUCUUCCUUACAGUAAUACUUUAGCCAUUUGCUUUAAAUGCUUUCUUACUGUGUGAACUGAUUUCUGUAACUUUCAUGUAUAAAACAAACUGGACAUUCUUUAUAUACUGGAAAUAAUCAGUGAAUACACUAAGUGUUGUACCUUUUAUGUAUAUACCAUCAAUAAAUGUUGAUUCAUAA